CAACUUCCCCAUACCUUUCUCAAAACCUACCUGCACAGCAUUGCAACGCAAACCAAGGGACGUGAAACGAGGACUCUCCAAGAUUUGAAAGAAAGAAAGAGAACAAUGCCCUCCGAACUGGACCUCCACUAUCCCCCAGACUCGUGCCCCUUCUGCAAUAUCGCCUCCGCCUUCCCUUCACCAUCCUUCCAAUCUAGAUCUCGAGCGUCUACUUCCUCAAGUUCUUCAAGAGUAGAGUCGUUGAUAGAUUGCGUGCCGAGUGACGCGGCAUCAAACCAUGAAAAGACCACUCCAAGCAGUUUCAUCAUCCUGGCGAGUCAAGAUGUGAUUGCUUUUCUGGAUAUCUUGCCCAUGACGCGGGGGCAUGUGCUUGUUGCUACGAGGAAUCAUAGGGUUAAGGUGGAGGAUAUGAGGGGUGAGGAGGGGAGGGAGAUGGGCUUUUGGUUACCUGUCCUUGCGAGAGUCGUGAGUAGAGUCAGCGGCUCGACGGAUUAUAAUAUCGUGCAAAAUAAUGGAGCAAGAGCAGCACAGGUGGUGCCUCACGUACACUUCCACAUCAUACCCCGACCGGAAACAAUGCCUCAGAUCAAGAACAAGAGCUGGACGAUGUUCGGCCGGGGCCAGAGAGACGACUUAGACGACGAAGAAGGCGCAAGCCUAGCCGCAGAAAUGAGACGAGUGCUACGAGAAGAGCUGCAGAAAAUGGAAAGCGCCCCGAAACUGUGAACAGUACGCAGAAGACGGGGGACUGAUGCGAAAGCUCGUUAUAUUCCAAAGAUGGCUUCCAAGACACCAAUGCAAUGUACAAGUAGACAUACAUAAUCCCUCAGUAUCUGUACAGCCAACCCGUAGAUAUCUCGGUUUAUUCCC